AUGAGAAUAAACUUAAGUUGAGGGAACACUGCAUCUACUCAUUGAUCCAAAUAGACACAACUACUCUGGGUCGUUACCAUGACACUAUGGGAGAUGUGGAGAAUCCAUCGGUACAGUCGCAGGAUGUUCCUACGAGAGAUGGAGGAAUCAUUACCAAGUUUGUUUCCAGAUUCAUCACAGACUUAGCUCCUCACGUUCCUAGUAUGGAAAGAAUAUACAAACUGAAGCUGAUGCACGAGCAAGCUGCUGCUUUAGUUAAAGACGGCUAUACAGUUGGGACAAAUGAACUUGUGGAGGAAUGCCUUUCACACUUCCCUGACUUAGCUUGGGUAAAUAUGAACAGCAAAAGAUUAAUACAAAUUGCGAUUGAAGAACGAAAUGAAAAAAUUCUAAAGCUCAUAUGUAAGACUAGUAAGGAAUAUAAGAACCAACUUGUUUCAAACAGAGAUUUAAGCGGUAACAGUAUCUUGCAUUACGCCGCAAAAUUAGCGCCUUCGCCUCAACUUACUUCAGUAUCUGGAGCGGCUCUUCAGAUGCAGAGAGAGAUGCAGUGGUUUAAGGGGGUGCAAAAUCUUGUAGAUGAAAGAAAUAGGCAUGUCAGGAACAAAGAUGGGAAAUCAGCUCAAUCUAUAUUCACACAAGAACAUAAUGAGUUAAGGAAGGAGGGUGAGCAGUGGAUGAAGGAUACGUCUCACUCAUGCAUGUUGAUUGCUACCCUUAUUGCAACCGUUGUUUUUGCCGCAGCAUUUACUGUACCUGGUGGAAACCUAAGCAACGAUGAUAAUAACGAAAACAAAGCAGGCACACCAGUUUUCUUAUAUGAGAGUUCAUUCAUGGUUUUUGCUGUAACAGAUUCCCUGGCUCUGUUUUCCUCUGUCACAUCAAUUCUUAUGUUCUUAGCCAUUUUAACUUCACGAUAUGCAGAAGAAGAUUUCCUGACUUCAUUGCCUAAAAAGUUAAUCAUUGGCCUUGGAACUCUUUUCUUUUCCAUAGCUACAACCAUGAUAGCCUUCGGUGCAGCACUUUUUAUAGUGCUGGGGUCCAGAUUCGCAUGGGUUCCCAUCCCUAUAGCUUUAUGUGCGUUUGUUCCUGUGAGCUUGUUUGCACGGUUGCAAUUUCCAUUGUUUGUUGAAAUGGUCCAUUCUACAUAUUGGCCUAGCAUAUUUCGUCUCGAUUGACAAAGCAAUCUGUAUGUUUUAAUAUGGAAUUGUACAAUGACACUAUAUUAUAGUAAAGUGUGCACUCCAUGUGCAAGUAUAAUUUUUAAUGUUCUUAUUGGGAAACGCACAGAAUUACUUGUUUCUCAUUGUUUCA